UAAACACGUUUUGUUAUAAACCGGUACUGAACAGCAUGUAGGCGCUGGUUUCACCCGAUGCGAGGUACCCGGAGCAGACAGGAUGUGGUGUGACACCAGGGUCUGCCGUCAGAACCGGGGGUCCCAUUGUCUGAGAUGCUUAGAGAGGAAGACAAGAGAAAACAGGAGGAAUACAAGAGAGAGAGAGAAAGAAAGAGAGCGGUGACAGGAAUUUCUAUCCAACUGACUCAUCUGGAAGAGAAAACGAAAACUCCAGAUUUAAAAAGACAGAGAGAGGGGGAGAAAGAGAAGAGGGGAGAGAGAGGGUGGUUUGAGAUUGGCUCUGAUGGAGGUUGACCGAGGUGGGGGGGGUGAGGGAGCAGAGGAACGAGUGAUGGAGAGAGGCGACAGCGAGGAGGAAGAAGUGAUACAAAUGGUGAUUGAAGAGAACAGAGAGGAGAAGUGGGAUGGAGGGAGUGAGCGACUCGCAGAACAGAGGGGGGGAGGAUAUGAUUUUGAAAUGCUGGGUCUCUCUCCUGGAUCCACUCAGACUGGGUUUACUAGGAGCUCACAAGGGAGAAGACUGGGAGCCAGGCAAGGGUCGGGGAAACAGCUCUUGGGAGUGAAGCAGGAGGGAGAGGGAGAGAGAGGGAGAAUUUCAUUGCACCCCAGAGAGAGAUGCUUGCAGCUUCUCAAGGGAAGAGUGAGAGAGGGACAUGGAGAGAGAGGAAGGGGGGACAGCGGUAAAGGAGAAGGAGAGAGGGGGCUGGAUGUUGAAAGAGGUGCAGUGGCAGGGAGCUCCUCUGUCAGCUCGAAUCAGAAAGCCGUCCCCCUCAAACUGCUGUGCAAGAGCCUUGCACCUUCCCAGCAUGCACUGCUCCCAGAGCCGCCUCCACCCCCUCCUGCCGGAGACCGGAAGAGGAGGAGGAAGCUGUCAUCGCCCACCCGGUACCUGCUUCCUGUCGGCCCACAGAGUCGAUCCCAGACAUGCGCUCCUGACCUCGGAACAGCUGGAAAUCCGGUAAGGAAAGUGGGGAGUCUGAUUCGCACCUUGAUAGGGGGGGCAGCCAGAACCCCCCUGUGCACCCCAAACCCCGGGAGUAACCCCUCCACUAGCAGCAGAAGGAAGAAUAGAGGUUCAGAACAGCUGUUGUAUGAGAUAAGAGCGAAUGGAGAGCAGAGAGAGGGGGACAGAGACACAGACGAGACAGAGUCCUCCUGCUCCUCCUCCUCUGAGGGAGGGACAGACCCCGGGGACACAGGAGACAAGAGGGGGGGCAGCAGGAGGAGCAAGGGGGGUGCCGAGCCUAUGAGGAGAGCCGCUCCCCUGGUGGAGUUCGUUCAACUGAUCGAUGAGACUGGAGGAUACGCCAGCACCAAGCUGGUGCCCUGUGAAGACAGAGAGGAGGAGCAGAAGCAGGAGGAGAGGGAGAGGGCCUCCGCCUUGGAGAUCCCCGAGGUGGUGAUCGACAACAAGCCGUACCGCUGCUCCGCCUGUGAGAAGACCUUCAAGCGUGCCUGGGAGCUGCUGAGCCACGAGGUGGUGCACAACUCGGAGCGACCCUUCCGCUGCCACGCCUGCCCCGCCCGCUUCAAGCGCCACUCCGACUACAAGAGCCACCGCAUGGUGCACACGGAGCUGCGGCCCUUCGGCUGCGAGUCCUGCGGCAAGACCUUCAAGCGCUCCUCCAACCUGCAGGAGCACCGGCGCAGCCACUCGGGCGCGCGCCCGCACCCCUGCCCCCGCUGCGCCAAGAGCUUCAAGACCCCCUACGAGCUGCAGCGCCACGGCCUGGUCCACGCCACUGACAAGCCCUGCCAGUGUGAGGACUGCGGCAAGGGCUUCCCCACCACCGCCACCCUCCUGGCACACCGACGGCAGCACUGCGAUGACAAGCCUCACGUCUGCCCGGUCUGCGGGAAGAGGUUUGCUUAUGGACACAGCCUCAAGGUCCAUGAGCGCGUGCACACGGACCAGCGGCCCUUCGUGUGCCCGCUGUGCGGGAAAGGCUUCAAGCAGAGCAACGCACUGGCCAGCCACGAGCGUGUCCACACCGGCGCCCGGCCCUACGCCUGCCCCACCUGCGGGAAAGCCUUCAAGCAGAGCUCCUAUCUGGCCAUCCACCAGCGCGCCCACACAGGGGAGCGACCCUACCGCUGCCAGCUGUGCGACAAGGCGUUCGCCCGUCCCUCGCUGCUCCUGCAGCACCGCCGGGUACACAGCCCCGCCCGCCCCUACCAGUGCGGGGCCUGCGGCAAGGCCUUCAAGGACUGCCAGUACCUGCGGCUGCACGAGAAGGUGCACACGGGACAGACGCCCUACAAGUGCCAGGCCUGCGGGAAGGGGUUUGCUCAUCCCUCCAACCUGAUCCAGCACCAGAGAGUGCACCGGGACAGAGGAGGAGCGGAGGAGAGGGGGGAGAGAGACGCAGAGACUGUUCUGUAUCAAUGAGGCAAGGGUGAGGGGGGAGAGCGACACAGAGACUGUGCUGUAUCUAUGAGGCAAGGGUGAAGGGGGAGAGAGACGCAGUGACUGUGCUGUAUCAAUGAGAAGAGGGAGAGGGGGGAGAGAGACACAGACACUGUGCUGUAUCUAUGAGGCAAGGGUGAAGGGGGAGAGAGACGCAGACAGUGUGCUGUAUCAAUGAGGAGAGAGAGAGGGAGGGGGGAGAGACACAGACACUGCUGUAUCAAUGAGGAGAGGGAGAGGGAGGUGGGAGAGACACACAGACACUGUGCUGUUCCCGGAAUAGCAAUCCUGUCUCCCGCUCAGCUCCUGGAAUAAUGCUCUUGAACUCCAGUCUACUCUGCUCCGUCAUUGAAGUCUUCAAGUGCAGAUAUCACUGCUGCUCAGCUGACACAGAACCUUCUCUCACUCUCCCUCCCUUGUCCUCUCUCUCUUCCCCUCUCCAUUUCCUCCCCUCUCCCUGUCCCUCUCUCUCUCUCUCUCCACCUCAGUCAGGCUCUUGUUAAACUCUGAACUGUACAAAAGUUUCCAGUGGAAACUCCAUGAAAACGAUCCAGUGUGGUCCAGUCCAGCAGCCCAGAGCAGUGACUGCCUUCCAGUGUUAAUAAUGUGAUCAAUAAUCACACAGGACAGAGAUAUGUGAUCAUAUAUGAAAUGAUAAAGCACUUUGAAUUUUGAAUAGCCCUUCCUGAUCGUGCCUGGAGAAAGGAGGGGGUGGAGAGAGCUUUGCAAGCAGGACUUGUUUUAUAGCGUGUGAUACUGCGGCCUUGUGGCAGCCAUGUUGGCUCUGACACGCUAUGGUUUAUAAUGAAUGCUGGCUCCGUGUCAGAGCCACCAUGGUGUCAGUUUUGCUUGUUCACGGUUCGCGUGUGCGUUCUGGAUUCCCUGUUACAGUCACUGUGGGAGCAGAAGCACAGCGGCUCUCUGAGGCUUCACACACACACACCUUGGACUGAGACUGACUGGGCUGGACUGGGAACUGUGGGAAUCCAAAAUGUGAGAAUCUAGAUAUUAAACUGAUCUGUGUGAUAGCAACAACAAACAAACAAGCAAACACACACACAGAGACACACGCAUACAUAUACACACACACACACAGAAACACACAAACAUACAUAGAGACACACAGAGACGCACAAACACUGAAGGUGGAUCUACACUGGAAGCAAGCGAUGCUAGCGAAUUUUCUAGCUACAUCAAAAGUGAAUAUUUUAGCAGAAACUGUCACGUGACCCUGUCCUUAUCCCUCUCGCUGUUCUCCCACCCAAUCCUAUGCAAGACAGAGGCGGCCCAUUCACAGCACCACUCACGCAGCACAUAGACUACAGAACAAGCAAGCAAAGCCAACACACACCAAAGAGAGAGCGAAGUCGCCACACACCCAGGAGAGGGAGAGCGGUCCCGCUGACAGGAGGAAGAGGUAAACACACGCAAUCACGCUCGCAGUAAUACAACACAAUACACAACUAUUUACAUACUUUCCCCUUCUCGUCCACACUCUCCCGUAGUCCCAGCAGUCCAUACUGCAUUACAGCUGUUGCAGGUGGGGCUUAUCCUGGAACUGGGUUGUGUCUGGAAAUAGGGCUGAAGCUGAUCCUGGGUGUGGUUUUGUGAGCGGGUUGGUUGGGCUGGGAACUGACUUUGCUUCUGAUUGGUCCAUUUCACUCUAGUCACUCACGACUGGCAGGAAAAACAGAACAGAUUUCUAUUCCUGUGGAGUUGCUCGCUUCAUCCAAACUGGCUGCCCGCGUCGCUCGCUGCUGGUGUAGACGCACCUAUACAUUCCAGUCACUUCUCAAUUAAGACACACACACAGACACAUGCCUUCACACACACACACACACAUGCCUUCACACACACACACACACAGACACACACACAUGCCUUCACACACACAGACACAUGCCUUCACACACACACAGACACGUCUUCACACACACACAGACACAUGCCUUCACACACACACAGACACAUGCCUUCACACACACACACACACACAUGCCUUCACACACACACACACACAGACACACACACAUGCCUUCACACACACAGACACAUGCCUUCACACACACAGACACAUGCCUUCACACACACACAGACACGUCUUCACACACACACAGACACAUGCCUUCACACACACACAGACACAGACACAUGCCUUCACACACACACACAGACACAUGCCUUCACACACACACAGACACAUGCCUGCACACACACACACCCACAGACACAUGCAUUCACACACACAGACACACACACAGACACAUGCCUUCACACACACAGACACAUACCUUCACACACACACACACACACACACACGCUAUUUUCUAAUGAACCAAAGUUUUCAUCAAACAAACAACCAAACUCCUGGAGAAAACUCCCAGAAGGAAAAGAGAAAGACUUCCAACUGAUAUCUAAACAGGACCGAACUGAACUGGACCGAACUCACAAGUUCAGUGCUCCCCAAAUAUGAUCCCAAGUAUGGGUCAGUUUUCAAUCCCUCAGAAUGGAUGCAUUAGGAUUGAUUGGGAGGGCAUUUCAGUCCCAACUGUGAAUCAUAUUUAACCUGGAUAGUGUUACAAAAAUCAUCAUCAUCAUAACAGCAAUCAUAAUCAUAGUAAUGAUCUCAUUUUGUUUGGGUUUGCUCUUUGCCAAUUAAUCUGUAGCUGUUAAGGAACUAUAACACUGUAGUCACUAUGAAGCUAUAAGUUAAUGUGUUAAUAAUUAUAAUAAUGGA